CAGACAAUCCGAAUUGACGACUUCUCCAAAUCAAAAAUCAGCUGGGUUUUUAAGUCUGCACUGCAGCACCACGCUAGAAUUUGUUUUUGUGCGAUACACAACACACAAACCCAUACACACACAUACCAUGUCAACCAUGCAGCUCUAUGUUUGGAGCCCAGCGCUCAAUGCUCCUUCAAUCGACCCGAAAUGUAUUAUUGUACAGGCCUAUCUUCGUUUACUCGAAGUCGACUUUACAGUGGUCCAUGCCAACGAUCCUCAGUACAGUCCAACGGGUGAACUUCCGUUAUUGAAAGACGGAUCUACUUGGAUCGCUGGUGUCAACAGAAUUAUUUCUCACUUGGCUAAACGCGGUCUCGAUGGUAACCGAGAUUUGUCACCAGAACAAAAGGCAGAGUACAUUGCAUAUAGCGCCAUGGCACAAGAGAAGCUAUACGACUGUCUGAUGUUUACGUGGUAUGCGGAUAUGACCAACUUCAUCAAGAACAUUCGACCAACCUACGCCAGGAUCCUUCCUUUUCCAUCGCGAUAUCUGGUGCCAAUCCAAUUGAAAAAGAGUGCCAAAGCACGUUUGGCAAAGUAUAAUGUAGAAAUAAAGGAUGAUGACAAGGGCUUGCCCCAGAAUGAAGUGGAGGAAAUGAAGGAGCUGCAACGCUCCGGCUGGCACUAUAUGUAUAGACUAGUUCGAGAAGCAUACGGUGUUCUGGACACAUUCUUGGGUGAUAAGGAGUUUAUGUUCGGUGAUAGAUCAACGACUUUGGAUUGCAUAGUAUUUGGCCAGCUAGCACUCCACUUAUAUCCCGAUUUGGCACAUCGACGAUUACAACACAUUCUCACGACCGAGUACCCAAGACUUGCUCGUUACUGUGACCGAAUCAAAGACAUGUAUUUUGUAUCAGAGCAGCCACAAUCAGGUGCCUCUGAAGACGUUCCUUCCAUGUGGCGGACACUUUGGAACAAUCCCCGUUCAUUUUUGACCACCAUCAAAGAUGAUGCCAUGUCCUACAUGGGUAAUCAGGAAGAAGAAAAGAAGAAGAAAUCCCAAGCACAACUUGAUUUUGAACGCAAAAGGAUAUGGUCCAUCGUUGGUGGCGUGACGUUUCUGUUGGCUUAUGUGAUAUACAACGGCAUCGUCAGCGUAGAGUUCGGUGAUGAAGAGGAGUACGACGAUUAUGUUUACAAUGACGGAUAUGAAGAAGUUGUUGAAGAUGAUCUAGAAGAAGAUUUGUAAAAAAAGAAAAGAGUUAUAAAAUGCGGAUUAACUACUUAAAACAUUAUGGGCGCUGGCCAUUGUUGGCUUUGUGUAACCAUUGAAUAGUUCUGGCAAUCCUUUUCUGUAUACAAUUCACGUCACUUGCG